UGCUUCAAUUUUCACUUCAACUUGAGUAUGACCGCCGCCCGGAUGAACUCCCGCAACUUUUCUUUGCAACCAAAUGUGGCUCCAUCCGACUUCUCUUCGGUUUACCAACUGAGAUUUUCUGUACAAGCCUCACUGUUGUGGAGCCUGAGGAAAGCGUAUUGAACAGGUCCCUCCAAAAAAAUAAAAAUAAUAAUAAGGAGCCAUGUCUGCGGCACAGGGACUUUUGAACAGCGUCUUUUCCUGCUCCUCUCCAUCAUCGAAGGCUAUAACCAAACAGAGGCUGCGGCAAACCAGGAGUCUGGACCCUGCCAUCAUCAGACAGUACGGCACCGGGACCGACAGUGCAAAUGUCGCGCAGUUGUCCGGAUUUACUGUCCAGGACGCAAGUGCGUCCUCAAAACCGUUUACGCGCACCAAAACUUUAACGCUCAAAGGACCCAUCGCGCCAUCUAUCUCUUCUCCCUCUAUACCUUUAGACGUGUUCCCAUCGUCCAACUUUGACUUUGACUACGAGGUUGCGAAGGGUUCCAAACGGAGCACGACCGGAGAUUUACCAGUCAAUGUGCGAGGCUCCGGGUUCACCCCGCCCGGCAAUACCGGUGCGCUCUUCUCGCCUCGGAGGUGGCUCCAGAGGAGGACCCAGCCACCGAGCUCGCAUGCUGGCGUCGCGUGGAAACCAGAGGGUGACUUCACCUGGAACAGCCUAUCUGGCCAGAGUGUUCAUCUGACUCCUGUUGCCAUACAGAGCCUGUCUGAACUGGAGAGGGUUCGGCUCCAGGAAGUGGCCUAUGGCCGCUUACACCAAGACUAUGAUGUUGGAUGCCAGAUUACUGUGCCAAAAGAUGGACAGAAGAGGAAAAAGUCACUGCGGAGGAAGCUGGAUUCUUUAUCCAAAGAGAAGAGCAAAGACAAAGAGGGUGUUCCUCAGGCCUUCAGUAUACCUCUCUCCCAGGUCAUAGCAAACGACAGGACGCAUAGACAACGCCAAGAUGGCUAUCGUCAGGAUCCGCCACAACGAGAAGAGCAUAAGGACUCGUCUGACCUUGUCUCUUCCAUUCUGCAGUUUGCGACUAAGCGAUCGUCCAAUAAGGAGUUCUCAAGCAGCAACUCCUCAUUGAGCUCGACGUCGGAGACAGCUAAUGAAUCAACAUCGCCCAACACGCCUGAGGCGGCACCACGUGUGCGCAGACGGGGUGGCAUGUCGGUGGAUUCCAUCACGGAUCUGGACGACAACCAGUCCCGCCUGCUGGAGGCGCUCCAGCUCUCUCUGCCUGCCGAGACGCCAAGUAAGAAGGAGAAGCACAGGGACAAACGUCUGAGUCUCAACCCUAUAUAUCGCCAGGUGCCUCGAGUAGUUGACAGCUGUUGUCAACACAUUGAGAAAUACGGUUUGCAGACAGUGGGAAUUUUUAGGGUGGGAAGUUCAAAGAAAAGAGUUCGACAGUUACGAGAGGAGUUUGACCGUGGCGUUGAUGUCCAUUUAGAUGAAGAAGAGCACAGCGUUCACGAUGUUGCAGCUUUGUUGAAGGAGUUCCUUAGGGACAUGCCUGACCCACUUCUCACCAAGGAACUCUACACUGCCUUCAUAAACACUACAUUGCUGGAUAAAGAUGAGCAGCAAAGUGUGAUGCAGCUACUAGUGUACCUGCUCCCAGCAUCCAACAGUGACACACUUCAUCGCCUCCUGGAGUUCCUGUCCACUGUAGCUGACCAUGCCCAUGACAGGCAAGACAAAGACAAACAGGAGAUCACGGGGAACAAGAUGACUUCCUUAAACCUUGCCACCAUCUUCGGCCCCAACCUGCUCCAUAAACUCAAAUCUUCAGACAAGGAGUUCAGCGUCCAGAGCUCAGCCCGGGCCGAAGAGAGCACAGCCGUCAUCGCCACGUUACAGAGAAUGAUCGCCAGCUACCAAACCCUCUUCAUGGUCCCACCUGACCUUCAAAAUGAAGUUUUAAUGAGUCUACAGGAGACAGACCCCGAUGUGGUGGACUACCUCCUGAGACGAAAAGCGUCACAGAGUACCGAUCUACUCCAGUCUGAGGAGCCCUUCACCCUGAGCGAACGCCACUCCUCCAGCGACUCCAACAAGCCGUCCAGCGGGGAGGUGUCCCCAUAUGACAAUAACUCCCCCAUUCUAAGCGAACGCAGAAGCGAGGCAGGGAAGCCAGGUAGUACGCUGAUGGGACAGGCAGUGGGCUGGGCAGGGGAGUCUGGAGCCGACAGCAAGGUGGCACCAGACUGUAUAUCGGAGGAGCAUGCUAACAUUUGGGGUACGUGGCACACGACUUUGAAACCAGCACUCAAAGACCAAACUUAUGCAGGUUCCCACGGCAACGUGUCUGAGGGAAGCUCGCGCAGCUCACAGGAAGGACUUGAUGGACUCCAUGGUGAUAGCAGACAGCAGCUGAUGGCACCGCCAACAAGGACAGUGCCAGGCAUUGCUGAGUGCAGACCUCACCUGCCGCUGACCCGUGUUUGCACUAGCCCUCACCCGCAACCUGCCAUCAAUCGUUCUGCUCUCGAACCUGCUCAGGGAGCCUGCACGACGUCGGGAUUGAAAGGAUGGGUAAACCCGAACGAGAGUGGCCGGUUCCCUCCCCCUUAUAAUGCUCAUCACCGCCUGGCUGCUUGUCAGAGCUCACCUCAGCUUGCAGCAGCGCAGCAGCAUCCUCUGCAGUGCAAGAACCCAAAUGCAGAGCAGAAGAACUCGGAUGGGCCCCUGAUGCCGCACAGCCCAGAGUGGCAGGACUGGCAGAGGGACCGCUGGCAAAUAUGGCAGCUGCUAUCUUCAGACAGUCCAGACGCACUGCCAGAGACGCUUGUGUGAGAUCGUCAAGUCCAGCUUUCUGUCAGAUUUGAUGACUGCUUGCCUAUGAUAAUCACACAUCCUCAUCUUUCUUCCCUGUCCAUCCCUGGAUCUGCCAGCAUGUUCACGCCGUGGCAUUCUUGUUGUUUACAUGUCCAGCUGCUACCUUCUACAGACUUUAAAACAUGAAUGAGCCACCAUUCAUUAUUCUCCGUUUGGAGAUUGUUUCUGCCCCACAUUUCAUUGCGAAGCAUUUAAAAACAUCCCACCAUAAAUACCUCAAAAGUCAUCACAGCACUUCGAAAUGUUGCCAUAAAUACCAUCAGGUUUGUUUGUUUUUUAAUUUAGUGGCAAACAAUAGGUAAUGUGAUAGUUUAAUUAAUAAAAAAAGAAACACAAUACGAAUGUCAUAAUCUUUGGUGUUUAAAUACAAAAUUCUUAUACACACCUCCUAAAGGAGUUCAUCAAACAUUUGAUUCAAAGUGUGUCUGUUCUUUAAGUCCUUGACAUAAUUGUUAAUCUUGGUAAGAGUGUUCUUUUGUCCUCAGUGUUGAAUGUAAUUGUAGUAUGAAAGCACUCAGCUGUAAGUUUGCUACUCGCUGCACUGAGAUGUGCCAAAGCUGUAUUGGUUUUGUUUGUUCGUUUUCUUUGUUUCCCGUGAUUUCUUUUUUCCCCGUUUCAUUUCAGGAUUUCUGUUCAUAUACUUGCUGACGAGAAUAGCGUAUAGGCAGACCAAGAAUGUUUGCAUCACAUUUCAGGAAAUAUCAAUGUUAGUUUUUGGCUUAUGUGAGUACAAUACAGCAAAACUAUGUUGUGAGCCUGUGACCAAAAAAAAAACAAAAAACAGUUUGUAUUUUGUAAGUUCAUCAUUUUGAAAAGGCCAAAUGUGAAGUACUUCUUAAAACUGGGCAACCACGUAGCUUAAUUGACAGAUAAUCCCUUAAAUUGAAUCAAAUUGUCACUCUAAUGAUGAUUUUUUUAAUGAUUAUACAGUAACUAAGCAGUCUUAAAAUAUGUUAAAAUACUAUAGUCUAUAUAUACAAUGGUCAAUCAGUUUAACAUUCCAGUUUCAUCAAAACCAGUGUGCCGCUUUUGCUGCCUGAUUGAUUACCACAGUUGACUGACCAGUACCUGCAAGUCUGGACAAAAUGUAGAACAAAAUGUUUCAUCUUAAAGGGCAUUUUAAAUUUAUAUGAAUAAGAAAACACCACUUCUGAAUGAAACUCCAAACCAAGCUGGCUAACUCCUCCUCAUGAAUCAAUGACGUGGGUAUUUCCUGGCAAAUAUUUUCCAAUUUGUAUUUUUUGGUUUUGUUUUAUGGGCUCAAAGCAAGAAUCCAACAAUUGGCCGCAAAUCUGGCAUCACCUAUCGUCAGGCAAUUGUACUGUUUCCAUCUGGAAACUGUAGGGACAUUAAAGGGAGGAAAUAAACGUGCCAUAACUCAUAGCUAUAUGUCAUGUUUUGUGAAAAAAUCCAGCAAAUGCGCUUUGCUGUCCAUAGUGUAUGAUGUAAUAUGCAGUAUAUGUUUCUAUUAAAAAGAAUAAACUUUUUAAAAAGGUACCAAUCAUCUUAGUGUUGUUUUCGCAGUCUGUGCCAUGAUGGAUUUAUUUUCAUCAAUGGGGUUUACUGGUCCAAUUUGUAUUGCCAUAUUUAGCUAUUUACUCUUUUUGUACCAGCUGAGUUCUAUGUAUGUUACAGUGAAAUUAAAUCCGUUUGCUUAAAUCCA